AUGAAGACAGUUUGGGGAAUGUCAAAAGGCAACAUUGCUUGUAUCAUCAAUGGCUUCUCAGUGAUACUUUUGGAUAAGUUUAAAUAUGGAUUUGAUUUUGACACUCAACAGUUUUCUGCAGAGAAUUGCAAAAAAAUUGCUGAAGCAAUUUAUAAGAAAUCUUGGGUCUACAAGCAUAUAGUCGGUUUUGUGGAUGGAACAAUGCAAAAAAUUCACAUCUAUUGUCUUAAGUAUCAGGCAAUUGUGAUACCUGAUGAUAUCACCAGUAGCCUUCUCGGUCCUUUCACUUGGUCCACUCACAAUAUAAGAAUGUUUGAUAAGUCCAGGACAUUGGAUCAUCUCAUUUUGCAUCUGAGUACUUUAACUCCAGAAAGGAAUAGUGGUUUACACUAUAUAAUUUAUGGUAACCAAGCAUAUCGAAAAUCACCAUAUGUUUAUAGACCAUUUACAGUAUAUGAGAUAAAAGAGCAUUUAUUUUUAAUGUCUUGUCAUCAACAGAAACUUUUUCUACAAGCUGUUGUAGAAGAAGCAAGCACUUGUCAAAAAAAGCCUCUUGCUUUUCCAUGUGCCAGUGUUAUAUUUUUAGAAAAGAAAGAAAAACAAAGUGCAGACGAGAAGUACGGUGAGACUUUGUUUAUUGAUGAAAAGAGAGAUGAUCUUCUAUUGCUAUUUGCUAUGUGA